AUGAGUGUUUACACGUGUUAUACGGAUCCUGCUACCUGUUUGAUGGUAUCAAUCGCAGCAGGGACGCCUGGUGCUGAUGCUCCGGAGACAAUUGGGUUCUUCACGACGUCUGCUUCAGGGGGAGAGAGCAAACCGAGGACUACGAGGACGUCGCGCACCGAAGACGACGACGGAAAGCCGUCUCAGACGGACGACAAGACACAGCCAGAUGCAACGCAGCCAGUAGAGUCAGGACGAAGUUCGACACGACAUACAUUCGCGAUAGUAACAGCAACAUCAGAGCCGACGACUGAAUCGACCAGCACAAGAGAAACGAACACCGAUGCGGCCAAGGCUGUACCGAGUCUUGCUGCAGGGUAUGCGGAUGGCAACGGUGGAUCAGGCGGAGGAGGUGUGUCACCAGGAGCUGUAGCGGGCAUUGCGAUUGCCACAGCUAUCGUUGGCGCGGCUAUUGCAUUCUUUGCUGCUUUCAUGCUGUUCAAGCGCCGGAGACCGUCGAAGCAUGGUCACAGCGAGUCGUCUACGAAUUUCAUAACGAAGGGAGACCAACCCUCAUACGUCCAGGUCUCACAAGUCGGUCCACCGCCUAUCCUCGCGGCUGCGAUGCCCACAUUGAAACAUAGCAUCGAUCUCUCUGAUUUGUCACAUUCUUCAGACUUCCUAGCUGGUGUGCUACCGCCGGCCGCAGACGAGCAAACGGUCCAGAACAAAGUCACCGCAUUGUUCGAUCAGACUCUUCAACAUGUGAACGCCUUUUAUCGCGACGUGCACGCAACGUUGACGCCGACCAUGCAGAACGACCUCAAGAAAUUUGGCGAUUCAUCGAUGAAUCUUGCCGAGGAACUGGAGCACUCUUCUUUCCCUACCACAGCAAUAAAGCACGCUCUUGUAGGCUACAUCUUGCACAUUGUAGCGCCGGAAGCUGAACAUCAAUCAACUUUAUUCCCUGCGGAGGUUGCGGGCCUCAGGCAGAACGAGCGCUCGUUCGAGUCACCAGACGAUCAAGCCGCCUACAUCCUUUACAAGCGCCUCGCCGCGCACCUCCAUGCACCUCCCACCUCGUCCCUCCAAUCUCGUCAAUCCGACAUCCGCGAAGCAGCCGAGCACUUCGCGCUGACCUUCUUCCCCUGGGCGAACCCCGCCUACGCCGACCAAGACAAAGACGAGAAUCUGGUGGACGUUAUAAAUAAUGCGUUGGAUCUAAGUCUGUGGUUGUUUGGGCAGCCGUAUCUGUAUGAGUGGGUGUGGGAAGAAGUCGGGAGGAGAGGCACGGUUGUCAGUCCGGGUAUGGUCAGGGUGACUGAUGAGAGGGGGAGAAUGUUGGAUAGGCCCAGUAGAGUUGUUGACGCUGCUAUUUCCGCAGGAUAG